AACUUGGUGUAAUCUUCAUUCGUACGUUCUACAAAAACAUGGUCAAGAUUUAUUAAGAGUUUUUAAUUAUUUUCCUGUGUUUGUGAUCGUGAAAAAUGACAGUUUAAAGCCUUAAACGGCCUACGCCGCCCGCGGCAAGAGCAAAAUCUUUAUCAUGAUGGGAGCCAUAAUGGCGUUUUCAAACGACUCAGUCGCUCAGUCGACUAUAUCAAAGCAUCAGCAAUUGGAUUCUUUUGGAUUUAAUCAUUUAUCGAAGAAGAAUAAGAAUGGAAGAUUUAAUGAUGGAGUGGCCACCGGCGAAUUCUUCGCUGGAGCCUUUGCGGCCGUUGUCGCCUAAUGUAUUCGAUCAAGAUGACAUAGCAGAUCUAGGUCUCAGUGUAGGAAAUGGAAGAAAAUUAUCGCGCAGCGAAAUAGCAGGAAAACUAUUGGAUCAUCUCGAUGAACUAAAUAGCGAAGAAUCAGAACCAUUCGAUUGGUUUGCGACAGAGAAAUCUAUCGAUUUGCCAUUUUUCGACAACGUACCAUCCCCGCAACAGUACUACAACCCGCAGAAAUUGCAAAAUAAUGUGCAGAGAUUCCACAACUACGCGUUCCAGGCUGCGAACGAGAUUAAAAAUGAACCGGAAAUGCCGAACGGCGAAUUCAGUUACGAUGGAGCGUUGACCGGAUUGAGAGGACCGCCGCUAACGUUAACAUCCGCAGCGGCACCUUCUCCGCAACAUCUGUUCGUGUACACGUCUCCGGUGCACACGCAGUCUUCGGUGGCGCAGCCGACCACAUCGGUGGCUCCGGGUCCGAUAUCACCGAUGACCAGCGUGCCACUUCCAUCGAUGACGACGAUACCGAUGCCUCUGCCGAGUCCGGUGUCGCCGGUAUCUCCGGUACCGAGCAUCGAAUCGGCUUGGGUAAAAGCGGAAACCCUUACUCCGCCCGACAGUCCUAAAGAUGACGAAAUUCUGAAAUUAUUGCAAGAGAUCGAAACCGACGAAAUCGGGCAGUUGGCGAUGGCGCGCAAAAUACUGCAGGAAAUCGAGCCGGACGAGUUAGAGCAGUUGGUGAUGACCAGGGUGGAUGACAUGACGUCCACGUACUCGGAGAAAUCAUGUUCGAUGGACGAUUUCUCAGAUUGCGGCGGAGCGUCAAGUCCGAGUCAGGGUUCGGAUAGCGGCUUAGACGAUCCGGAAUGGUCGCCGCCUCGUAGAAUGAAAUCGGUCAGCGGAUACAGCUCGGCGGCCAGCUCUAGCACGGCUAGUGGUACCACAUCUAGUAGGCGGAAGUCUAAACCGUACUCGAGACCGCCUCCCGAAGAUCGUAAGAUAAGGAAAAAAGAACAGAAUAAGAAUGCGGCCACGAGAUACAGGAUGAAAAAGAAAGCCGAAGUCGAAGAAGUCCGCAACGAAGAGAAACAACUAGAAGAUAGGAAUAAGGAGUUGAAGGACAAGUUGGAGGAUAUUAAUCGCGAAGUGAAAUACCUGAAAUCUCUGAUGCGCGAUGUGUACCGCAAGAAAGGGUUGAUUAAGUAAGAAUUUCCGAAUACCGGGUUCGCCGUUCUCAUUUUUUCGCUUCCAUUAUUUUAAAAAUUGAAAAAAAAUUACUCAUUUGGAUUUUUCAUUUUUUUUUUCGGGUUUGGUACGAUCAGUAUUGUUAAUUGGCACCUAACUAUUUUUUUUUCAUUUUAUCGCCUUCAACUGAAGUAAUGGUAAUUUUGUUUCUGCUAUUUUACGUUCUAAGAUAAUUGGUAUUUUUAGAGUUGUUAUGUAUUAAGUUUGUUAGCGAUGGUCUUGAUGAUUUUAUUUUUUUCCUGCUACAUGCUGCGGUAGUAAGCUUUUAAUCAUGUUUAUUUUUCGGUUGAUUUUUUAAACUUAAGAUCCAAAAUCGUACAACAGAAUAUCAUUUAGAAUGAUGGUGAUCCGAUUAAACCGCAGUAUUUUUUUUGCUAAACUAAAAUAAGUACUCGAGUAUUUCGAAAAGAUGGUAAAAAACAUCACUACACUGUACCUAUCUGUACGUCUGACGACAUAGGCCAGUCCAAAAGAGUCGAAUUGCUACUGCUUUUCGAGAUGCUCCCAUCUUUUUCCAUCUAAUUGGUAGAAGAACGAAAUUAAUUAAGUACAUCAGUUUCACGUCCAUUUUUCCGAUUUUUAAAGAUACAGGAGUUGGUAAAUUUUGUUGGGAUUAAUUUUUGAUUUAUCAACGUUGUUUUAUCGCAUAACGAUACCAAAGGACUGUUUAUUUUCUAGUUAAAUACGAUGAUGGAUUUUUAAAUUGGAAUUUUAACCUUUUUUUUUCGCUGCUUUUUUUUUUGUUCAUUUAUUUGAAAACUGGAGUUGAUAGCGCUGAAUUAUUUACACGAGUUGAUUUAAUAUCAGUCCAUCUUGGAUCGAUGGAAUCGAAUUUAUGACGCUCUUUUCACAGAGCUGAAGAUUAAGAUACGUGGAUCCGAACGAAUGAUGUUAGAUCGACCAUUCAAACGUGAAGACUAUUCGCUGAGGUUAUUUAGAAUUUGGUAGUUAGGAUAUUAUAAGCUGAGAAGAUUAUUGCGUAAGAUUAUACAAGUAUAACGUUUUUUAAUGAUUUCUUUUUAUCGCUUUAUUCUACAAAUAAAAAACUAUCCUAGAUCGA